AUGAAAUACAUUACCAAAGCAGUGGUGUCAAGUGGAAUAGAUGCAACUCUGCUAAGUGGUGGCUGCACAGCUCAUUCCUGUUUCAAACUCCCUUUGGACCUGUCCCAGAAAGAGAAGGCGAACUACAACGUCAGUCGUGGUUCUAUAAAAGGCAAACUUCUGAGUGAAUGUAUAUUGAUUAUCUGGUAUGAGACGACAAUGAGUCUUAAGGUUUCCUUUGAAUCUCUUGAUAUGGUCCUUCAGGACCUGAGACAGGACGCCAGGCUCAUAGGAGGUAACACAGCCUUGCUUGUAGGAGACUUUAGAAAAACCCUUCCCGUAGUUCCAAAGGGGACAAGAGCUGAUGAGAUAAGAGCUAGCAUAAAGACGUCUUACUUAUGGAAUAGUUUGCAAAAGCUGAGACUCACAACCGACAUGAGACGACUGCAGUUCAGUGUGGAAUCGGUUUACAGACCACAACUGGCCGAACAUCAAUUUCUAGAACGCUUACCACGUUCGCAUCACAUCUACAAUUCUGUUGCCACUGUACUCAACAUCGAUGAAGCUGAAUUCUUGAAUAGUCUAACACCACACGGCCUCCGACCUCACCACUUGCACUUCAAGAUUGAGGCACUUGUUAUGCUGCUUCGAAACUUUGAUCCACCAAAGCUUUGCAAUAGCACAGGAUUUAUGAUAAAGAAGAUGAUGCUAACAGUCUUGGAGACAACAAUCUUGACUAGUAAAGAAAGCGUUGAGCCUAUAUUCAUUCCUAGAAUUCCACUUAUUCUCUUGGAUAUGACUUUCCUGUACAAACGCUUGCAAUUCCCGUUAAAACUGAGCUUUCCAAUGAGCAUUAACAAGGUCCAGGGGCAUUCCAUGGAUGUGGUAGGUCUGAACCUUGCGGAACCAGUUUUCUCCCAUGACCAACAUUAUGCUGGAUGCUCAAGAGUCGGCAAUCCUAAUCAUUUAUUUAUUUAUGCCUCACAAAGAAAGACCGAAAAUGUUGUUUAUCGAGAAGCUCUGCAAACUAAAUAA